AUGCCUCAACUCCUCGGAAAAGAAAUCGGACCAACAGGUUUCGGCCUCAUGGGCUUCACCUGGCGCCCCAACCCCGUUCCCCAAGACCAAGCCUUCGCCACCCUCCGCGCCGCCCUCUCCCUGAGUCUCAACUUCUGGAACGGCGGCGAAUUCUACGGCACGCCCAAUUACAACAGUCCCAUCCUUCUCGAGCGCUACUUUGCCCAAUACCCCGAAGACGCCGACAAAGUCGUGCUUUCCAUAAAGGGUUCCUGCGGUCCCGACGGGACGCACCCGGACGGCUCGGCGGCCGAAGUCCGGCGGUCGUUGGAUUCCGUCAUCAAACAGCUGAAUGGACGGAAGAAGCUGGAUAUUUUCGAGUGUGCAAGGCGAGAUCCCGAGGUGGAUAUGGCAGAGACGUUUGAGGUUAUGCAGGAGUAUAUCGAGAAGGGGUUGUUGGGCGGGAUUAGUUUGAGCGAGGUUAGCGCGGAGACCAUUCAUCAGGCCGUGAAGAUACUGGGUAAGAAGGGAGUGGUGUGCGUCGAGGUGGAGUUGAGCUUGUUUGCGGCGGAGGUUUUGGAGAAUGGGGUGGCGGCGGCUUGUAAGGAAUAUGGGAUUCCUUUGGUGGCUUAUAGUCCUUUGGGGAGGGGGAUCCUAACCGGCCAGGUCAAAUCCCGUGAUGACCUUUCCAAGUUCCCGUCCCGAUGUUGCUUCACUUCCCCCGCUUCUCGGAGAACUUCGACAUCAACCUCCAGCUCGUCCACCAGGUCGAGGAGAUGGCCAAGAAGAAGGGUUGCACGCCGCGCAGCUGGCCAUCUCGUGGACGCGUUGUCUGACGCGCCGUCCGGGCAUGCCGAAAAUCAUCCCCAUCCCCGGCGCCACGACGGUAGAGCGGGUCAAUGA